AUGGUCUAUAUAGGGCCUCAAUGGGCCGAGGUGAAACGCCUGUAUGCCUAUGUGACGAUCGACUUGACGCCCGAACAACUCAACGACAUCCACAUCGACUUCGAAACAGGAUCAAACGCAAAGUUCGACCCAUUAGUAGAGCUUUUCAUACAAGACAUCCAAGAGUACCACGGAAAGUCGCAUAGUGAAAUUCGACGCCUUGAGAAUAAUGCUGGGCGAAACAACAGUUUCCUUCUUAUUGACGAGCAUGCCGUCACCGACAGGGCUUUGUGGUAUGUGGAAGACCAUGCUACAGCAGACGAUGUCGCAUAUGGCUGCGCUCAAUCAACGGAUGUUCUCUGGGAGAUUCUUUUGAAGACUAUCGAUAUUCCUAAUGCCUUCAGCGGCUAUGAGUGUGAAUCCUCAGUUCUAGACGACCUCCAACGGAUCACAGCAUUCCCGCUCUCAGCCGAAUUCAAGCAAAGCGAACCCUUCAGCAGCCAUGGAUAUGACUUUGGUCUCCCGAUGGUGGUUGUGUUUCUUGAGCCUGGGGACUACGAGGAGAACACGGACAUGGUCCUACGUAUACAGCACCAAGUCGUGUGGCCGACGACGGAUCCAGCAACUGGUAAUGUGAACGGAUGUGUUGAAGUCCCCGAAAGAGUGGUCCGGGUCACAGAGCAAGUCGCGUCGGCAUGGGGCCUUGCGCGAACCUGGCAUAUCCCGCAUCGAGUGGAAGAUGGAGGAAGGCGGGCCUGCGACGAUGGUACUGAAUUUCCCAAAGGGACUGUGAGAAUCAGGGUACAAUACACGUCAGACGUGUCUCGGCCUACAUACACGCGACUUGAAGGCUCGUUGUGA